UCAUCAUUAAUCAUCAAUCAUCACAGACUGAGAUAAGAGCAAACACAUCUGUCACUCUCUCCUGUCAGCUGUUUACAUAUUACUGUGAUUAUAUGUUCAGUUAUUAUGGAUUUCAGCUGGUGUGGAUGAAUCAGACUGAUGUUGAUCUACAGACAGACUCCAGAUAUCAGAUUAGAUCAGAUAAACUCUGUCUCAUCUCUCUGACUACAACACUCGUGAAUGAAGACGACAACACAGAGUUGAGAUGUGUGCUCAAACACAAGAAUGACAUCAAGACCUCAGUCACAUAUACUGUCAGAUUUACAGAUUCAAACAAGAUUCUAGUGACCACCACAAACCCUGAGAGAUUCUCAACUCUUAAAACACCAGAAACUACACAACAACAAGUGACCAGCUCUCAUACAGUGACUAUUGGUGUGAUCGUUUCAUUACUUCUUCUACUUACUGUUGCUGUUCUUUGUGUGAUUUAUAGGAAAAGAAAAGAUCGGAGAUUGUCUGGAGCCUCUGUGGUCGCAUCUAAGAAUGACAAUAAUGGAACAUAUGAGACCAUCAACAUCGUUCCUUCUACUCCUAUCACACAUGAGCAGAAAGAUGAUGUGGUUUAUUCUGAGGUGACCGUUGUCAGUAAAAAACAACUGAAGAACAACAUUGUUCAGUCUGCUGGUGAUGUGACUUAUGCCGUCAUCAGAGGAGGAAAAACUGAACCUGAAGACGCCUGCAGAGAGCUUUAAUCCUCCCUGAACAAAACCACUCGCAAAUAAAACACAAACACACAUAAUUAAACAAAACUUAAAUUUCCUUUGACAAACAAACUCAAGUGCAGAUUUGAUUUAUUUGAUGUAUUUUUGGUUGGCUUUGGAAUGUUUGUUUGUUGUCUGUUUGUUUAUUAUUUGAUGUCAUUGUCCACAUGUUAAUGAAUCCUAACACGCCUGAUGAAUUUUCAUAUGUAUUGUUAACAGUGUACGUGAUCAAAUUGGUGUAGUGUCAUGGAAACAGAUUUCUUAGUUUGACUUUUUAUCUUAAAUGAAGAACCCCAUAAGAAAUGUUAAGACAUUAUUAUGUAUUUAUAUAUGGGCCUAA